AUGCAUGCGUCGUUCUUCAUGGCAAACCCCAACGAUGCGCGCGGCGAGCGUGCGAGCAUGCACAGUCUCGCGCGGCUCAUGGCUCUGCUGGGGUCCGAUGAGCCUGAAGAGGCCAAGCAGGAAACCCGCGAGCACAAGUUUUGGAAAACGCAGCCGGUCAUGCAGCACGGAGAAACGGAGGACGAUAUGCUGGGUCCCAUCCAGCCAGCGGUGCCCCCAGAAAACGUGCGUGGAGAGCCGUACCCGCUGCCGGCCGAUUUUGAAUGGGUCACUGUAGAUAUUGAGGAGCCUGAAGACUUGAACGAGCUGUAUACGCUGCUCACGCACAACUACGUCGAGGACGACGACGCGACGAUGCGUUUCAAGUACAGCGCCGAGUUUCUGCAUUGGGUCCUGCGACACCCUGGCUACGACAAAUCCUGGUAUGUUGGCGUGCGCGUGAAAGCGACCAAGAAGCUCGUUGCUUUCAUUGCGGGCAUCCCCCAGGAGCUGCGUGUGCGCGAAACCGUGUGCCAGUCGACUGAAAUAAACUUUUUGUGUGUGCACAAAAAGCUGCGCAGCAAGCGCCUUGCGCCGGUGAUGAUCAAGGAAGUGACGCGGCGGUGCAAUGUAAAAGGUAUCUUUCAGGCGAUCUACACGGUCGGUAGCGUGCUUCCCACCCCGGCCUCGUGCUCGCGCUACUACCACCGCACGCUUCGCGCGGAAAAACUGCUGGACAUUGGCUUUAGCGCGGUGCCCGAAGGCAUGUCUCGCGAAGUGCACAUUGCACGCUACACACUGCCGGAUCUCACUACGCUUGAGGGUUUGCGCGAAAUGCGCGCAGCGGAUGUGGGCCAGGUAGCUACACUCUUGCGACGGUACCUCGCGCGGUAUGAUAUGGCGCCGCAGUACACGGACGAAGAAGUGGCGCACCUGCUCCUGAGUGGGCGUGGCGAUGAGGUCGAUGGGCGCCGCACGAAACAGGUGACCUGGACGUACGUCGUGGAACAGGACGGGCGGAUCACCGACUUUUUCUCGUUUUAUAGCCUGCCCUCUUCCAUCCUGGACCACGCCGAGGCCGAUACGCUGGAGGCUGCAUACCUGUUUUACUAUGCCACCGAUGUGGUGCUCGAGGCGAAGCCGCCUUCCGCCGCCACGUCUGGCGUCUCACCGUACGCAGCGGCGAUCGCACAAGGCAAGCCUGCGUGGCAGUGUGGGGGUCUGAGCCGUCUGUACGCCGCGGAGAUGCAAGACACUUGCGCCACGCCGUGGCACCAAGAGCCGCUCGAACUCCGCGAAAAGCUCAAGGCGCGCCUGCAAGAGCUCAUGCACGACAUGCUCAUCCUGGCCAAGAACCAGGGCUUUGACGUGGUCAACUGCUUAACGGUCAUGGACAACCCUCUCUUUGCGACCGAGCUCAAGUUCGGCCCGGGCGACGGGUUCCUGCGCUUUUAUCUGUUCAACUGGCGCGUACGCCCUAUUGCAGGCGGCAUGGGCAUCCGCGCCGGCGAGCAAGCGCUCGACCCAGCGGCACAGGACGGCCCGCCGCCGCCGCCGCUCCAGUAUGGCUCUGGGAACGGCGUCGUGAUGGUAUAG